AUGGCCCUAGUACUCGGAUGGCAAAAGCUCUCUACUGGAACAACUGGGACAAAUGCUAUCGUUGAUCAAAGAGUACCAGGUAUUUGUUGGUUCGCUGCAACUAGUGUAGGCUUUGAAGAAAAAACUCUCAAAUCGGCGUCUGGACUACGAUUCCAAACUCAACAAGCUCAGGCGGAGCAAAAAGGAAAAGCCGGCACUUCAAUUGGAGUUGGACAUAUCUACCGGCCUGUAUUACUUUAUGGAAGCUCUGGCGGAGUACUACAAAAGCGGAAAUGCGCUGAUGGUCCAAGAAAAGGACACAAUCUUUGGUCAUUUAGGGUUUGGGGCUGGUUUCCUAAUUUUAGCAUCGAUUUAAACGAAGCGCCUUUGCUGCAUUGCAAGGCUCGUCGCUCAGAAGACGAUCUAUCAUCUUCCAUAUCGUCGCUUGGGAUCAGUAACAAUGAAGAGAUUCCGCUGUUGAAGAAUAGGGGUCUCGGAGAAGCCGUUGUCAAGGUCAGAGCCAAAUACGACUUUAUGGCCGAAAGGUCUUCCGGAGAACUAGGCCUAACUGAGGGAGAGAUUCUGCACUUGACAAGCAAAAACCCGCUUUGUUUGUCUCCAACCACAAGGACCGAUGGAGCGGCGAACAGCGGCUGGUGGUCUGGCGUGAACAGUAAAAACGAAACGGGAAUAUUUCCGUCUGCUUACGUUGAGCUUGUGGGGUCAGAGGCCGAUUUAUCCGCUUUGCUUCGGACCGGUGAGACCAAUUCUACCCAAACCACGUCUCCUUCUUCUUCGUGUUCUUUGUCUUCAAGCACGCACUUGAACUCUUCAUCGACAGGGUUACAUGUGGCGCCCAUUUCGAAGCCUUUCCCGGUCUCCGGGAGCGCCAAAACCACCCCGUCCAGCUCCAAUGGCAGUCUACAUGCUCAAAAGGCGGUCGAUGUCGGUGCACACUCGGGGACCUCGCCUAUGUCAUCCACCAUUCCGGCUUGCUUUGUUUGUGGCUGCAACGAGUUUGCGAAGAAUGUAUUUAAAACAGAUUCCUGCAAUAACUGCUUCCAUAAGCACAAGCAAAAUAAAGUUCAAUGA